AUGAAUUUAAAAAUCAUUGAAACCAUCACAUACUCGCAUUGUCUUCAUGGCAAUCUCAAUUUCGUGUGUGUUUCCAUAGAUAAUUACAAAGAACCAGUGAUGUCAGCAUAUAUGACCCUGGAAGAGGAAGGAAUGGAUGAAGAGACUACUUCAAGCACAUAUGCUACAGUGACCACAGAAACAUUCACUGCAGAUACAAAUUCGACUUUCAAUGAUAGCCCUGAGGAGGCAAAUCAGUUAGAAUUUAUACUAAUGGUGUUAAUCCCAUUGAUUUUAUUGACCCUCCUACUUUUAUCAGUGGCAUGCAUUGCAAAAUACUACAAAAGAAAAAGAACAAAACAAGAGUCUUCUAGCCAAGGAUCUCAGAGUGCCUUACAGACAUAUGAACUGGGAAAUGAAAACGUGAAAGUCCCUAUUUUUGAGGAAGACACACCCUCUGUUAUGGAAAUAGAAAUGGAAGAGCUUGACAAAUGGAUGAACAGCAUGAAUAGAAAUGCUGAUUAUGAAUGUUUACCUACUUUAAAGGAAGAAAAGGAAUCAAACCACAACCCAAGGUACUCCUAA